CCCCGGGAUGGCGGCGGCGGAGGCGGGCGAGGCGGAGCUGGGCCUGCUGGAGUGCCGGGUGUGCUUCGAGCCCUACGGCCCCGGCGGGCAGCGGCGGCCGCGCAACCUGCCCUGCGGCCACGUCCUCUGCCGAGGCUGCGUGGGCGCCCUGGGCGGCCGGGGCCGGCUGGAGUGCCCCUUCUGCCGGCGGGCCUGCGGCCCCUCGGACACCAGCGACUGCCUGCCGCUGCUGCAGCUGCUCGAGGUGCUGGGCCCGACCUGCAGCAUCCUCCCGGCCGCGGGCAGCGCCACCCCCGGGGCUCCGGGGCUGCGGCUGGCCCUGGGCGGCUGGGGGGCUCUGGUCAACCCCACGGGGGUGGCGGCGUGCCCCAAGUCGGGGCGCUUGGCGGUGGCCCACGACGGCAAGAAGAGGAUCCACGUCUUCGGGCCGAGCGGGUCCUGCCUGCACCGCUUUGGGGAGCGCGGGGAGGCGGGCAACGAUAUCAAGUACCCGCUCGACGUGGCCGUCACGGCGGAUGGGCACGUGGUGGUCACUGACGGCGGGGACCGCGCGGUGAAGGCCUUCGACUGGGAGGGAAGGGGGGCCUUGGCGGUGCGAGAGGGCUUCUGCCUGCCAUGGGGCUUGGACGCCACCCCGGAGAGCGACGUGAUCCUGACGGACGCGGAGGCAGGAGCUCUCUACCGCCUGACGGCCGACUUUGGAAAGGGCGAGCUGAAGAAGUGCCAGAUGCUCCGGUCCAAGUUAACCAGCCCCAGAGGGGUGGCGGUCUGCCAGACCUCGGGCGCUGUUGUGGUGAUAGAGCACCUGAAGGCCAGGGGGCCCAACAACAGCAGCACCCGGAUAAAGAUAUUCAGUGCAGAUAUGGAUCUCGUGGGACAGAUGGAUAGCUUUGGCCUGAACCUCUUUUUCCCCUCCAAAAUAUACACGACGGCUGUGGCCUUUGACAAAGAGGGUCGCAUCGUAGUAACAGAUGUCUGUAGCCAGGCUGUGAUAUGCUUAGGGAAACCUGGGGAGUUUCCCAUCUUUAACCCUCUAAUUAGCCACGGGCUUUCAUACCCCAUAGGACUGACUUACACAGCAAACAAUUCCCUCGUAGUUUUAGACAGCGGUGAUCACACAGUAAAAAUCUAUAGCUCCACCUGAAUGGGUCUAGGUUUAUACUGCUGUAUCUGCUUUUGGCCACAAAGCAAGCAAAGUCCUGGUCUUCAUAGGUGUGUAGGGAGGGGGUAUUUUCUGGGCUCGACUUGAAGUGAAAUUACCCUCUUUAACCAGCAUGCUCUGCUUCCCGCAUAACUUGCAUCAAAUCCCUUGCCUACCCACAGGAGACAACCUGGCCACUGCAGGGCAGAGUCAACAGUGAAUCAACCAAAUGAUUUGGCAUUUUAAAACUAUUCCAUACCUUGACAACCAAAUAUUCAUACUGCGAAGUAAUAGCAGCAUCUGGAAUGGAGUAAUCCAAGACUUGCAGCUGGGAGAGAGAAGGAUGUAUCUUUUGUUUACCGUCAUCAGCAUUUUGCUUUCGUUAUUCUUCGUUAGGCAUGAGAGUGACAGAAUGGUUUAUGUAGGAUUUCUGCAUGAGAAAGGAGACUGACUGGAUGAACUGAUGGGAGAAAUGGCAGAUUCAGUCAAAGGGUCAUUUGAUCCAGCCAAGGUCAAUUGCGAUAGAGGAGCUAUCAGCAAUUAGUGAGUUAUAUGACAUGAACUGGUGCUCAAAACCUUUUUUUUUUUUCUCCAUAUUGGGGAAAUGCACUUCUGGAUGCACUUUUCUUUAUAUUAGUUUAUUGCCGCCUUUAUUGGAGUUGUACAGAAGCAGUUACACUUCCUGUAUAAUGCAUGAGCCUGCGUCUUCAUCUAGAUGAAGUCUUGUGUGUGGUUACCUGCAUGGGCAGCUUUCCCUAGCAGCCCCUCCAGUAUUGGUGUUUAGACCACAGGUACUUCUGCAUAUACAAAAUUGAAUUGGCUGUGUUACUAACACAGGUACUUUUGGGAGAUUUCCAAUACUACCUGCAUCUGUCUCGUAAUUAAUUUAGUACUUUUGCACCAAUCUUCAAGAUUCAGUUGAAAACUGAAAUGGUGUUGAUGAGUAAUAAUAGGGAAAGGGGAACGUGAGCCUUGCUUUUUCACAGCUUCCAAAGGAGAUUUUGUUGGUAGUGAAUACACAGCAGGUUUAGGUUAUUUUAUAUUAUCCUGAAAGCAGUUUCACUGUGGACAUGAGUUUUGUUGCCUUAUUGCACCACGGAAAUUAAGUUAUAACUGAAUUACUUUGAGAAGGAUUUAACGCACCCACUAGAAGUCACUGCUGCAUUUUUAUGUAUUUCUGCUCCUAAAGUAAUUAUUUAGGUGGUUCAGCACUAAAAGGCAGUUAGAUAUAAAUGUAAAUGUUUUAUGAGGUAGAAACAAGUAGAUCAAAAUUGAAGAAAACAUUUUGGUCAUGUAUUUAGUGACUGAAAGCAUGCAUAUUAACUAAAGACACUUGAAAUUCACAGGUAGUCUUUCUAUUGGUUAACUUUUAAUCUGGCUUUUGGUCUGGCUUCCUGGGCAGUUAGUAACUGCAUGUAUUGCUGUACCAGUGAUAUUCCAAAUAUUUCAAACUGAAGCAUUUUUAGUCCUCUAAUUCAGACAAUGUAUUAAUCCGUCUCAUGUUACCAUUUAUAAAAGAGAGCAAACAAAACUAUUAAAUGCAGCUAUUUGUAAAGGCUGAUUGAACAGUGACCUGCCAAUAAAGUGUGAUUUGCUUACUCCUAUGCUGGGCAAUUUAGUGAAAAUUUCUAACUUCUUUUUAUCACAGUUUUCUCUGUUACAGUUCAAUUUCUCUGUUGUAGUUGCUGUAUAGGUGGUUUCUUUUGUUUUAUUUGGAGAUAUCCUGCUGAAGUUGUAGGGUGAUUUGUUGCUGUUGGAAAAUAUAUGGGCCUGCACAGUUGGUCUAGUGCCAAGCCACACAGCAAGUGCCUUUGGUGGGACCAGAAAUAUGUCUCAGAUAUUUUGCAGUAGGAGGUAUCCUGCCCUGACUAGGAGCCCUCCUGAGGGCUCAAGAAGGAAAUUUACUCAGAGAAGCAGCCCCCUGGCUUAUAUAUGCCUUUCUAGGUGCCAAGACAGCUGUCUUCGAGGGAUAUAAAAACAAUUGGACCUUUGGGGAACUGCUGUGUUUCAAAAUGCAUGUAAUACCAUGUAUGCUUUAUUCAUACAUAAUUAUUAGUUUAUCACAAUAGCAGUUGUGGGACCCGGACACUUCCUCUGUGAGCUCUCAUCUCCUCAAACCUUCCUCUGCACCAGGAGCUUGUUUUUCCUGCUGAUCUCAUGGGCAGGCAAGUUUCCUAGUGCCUGCUACCAUGUAGGAAGCUUACUAGCAGCUGAAAUGCUGACUUUUGAGUAUUUGACUCAUGUUGUUUUAAUAUACACAAAAUCUCCAUUUGUUGCCAUUCUUCUCCUGUCUGCUUUGGUAUAUAGCUAGAAAUCACCUGAUGUUUGGGUUUUGCUUUAUUCUACCUGCUAGGGCAAACCAGCUUUCUUCUACCUAGUUUGCCCCACACCAUGUCCUGCAUUCUCUGAUUUACUGACUGCAAGCAAAUACUUUUUUCUUUUUUUUCGUGAAUGAUGCUCUUUUCUUUUUGCUUUAAGGCUUGGUAUUUGGCAUUGUUCAGCACUGCAUCAAAGAAACCACUGAAUUCUGUUUUAAUUCACUUGAUUUGGGCAUGCAAAUUGAGAAGCUUUAAAAAAACUACAUAAAAAUCAUGUCAAAAGUCUUGAGCUUUUCAGGGAAAACCUGAAAUCUUUCUUUCAUCACACAAGAGGAUUUAAGAGAGAGAGAUCCACCAAUACUCAUAUAAGAAACUAAAAAGUCUUUGUUUUCUUACCUCUUACAUUUUUUCUUACUCUUGCCUCUUACAUUAUGCAUUUAUGCACAUUUCCCUAUACCUAGUGUAGAUACCUGUUGCCUUCAGGAUGAUAACUUAAUGCCGUCUGCUUUUCAAAGACCUACAGAACACAUAUUGCUUCUAUCUGUCUGGUAAUUGGUUGGAAUUUAGUCACAGAUUUCAACUGAACAAAAACUUGGGUUCUGGGGGAAGGAUGGAAAAGGAUGAGGGGCUCCUAUCUGAACAGAUAUAAUUACGUAGAUGAUGAUUUGGGGGUUCUAGUGGAUGUAUUAAAAAUGGGGGUAGCGUGAUAUGUUCUGCCCCUUGGAAAAGAGUGCUGGGGUUUUCAUCUAGAAUGUAAUAUGGGACUGUGUCUCACUGCUUCAGUGAUAAUCACCAUCGCUGCUAUUUAAUAAAAGAACCUGAUGUAAGCUUUGCAUAAUCCCCUGCACCUCAGGUUUUAAUAUUAUGGAUUGCAAACAAAUAAAUAUAACAAACAGUAUUCCCCUACUGUAGGUUGGUAUGACUGCUGCACACACACACUGCAAUUUCUAUUUGGUUUUUAUUUUUAAGCUCUGAUCUCAGAUUGCUGUCGUUGCAUAUAAAUAUACUUGGGUGUGUUUACGGUGUUUAGCAAGGUGUCAGAGGAGUUUCAUAGAUGUGAAUCAAAACUGUGUCCUAUAACAUAAUUUUUGUUUUGGUUUGGUUUUGAACAAAGUAUUUUCUGUUAAAGAAUAUAAUUAUUCAGCUUGGUGAAUUAAAAGAAGAAAGAAAGAGGGAAAAAAAGUUAUAAUUUACUUUUGGCCUUUGGCUGUUAGUUCCCUCAAGCCACACUGCUCUGCACAUCAGUUUGAUGUUCAUAUUUUCAUGACAUGUGGACAUAACAUCACCGUAGCAUUUUUUAAUGUGGACUUAUUUCAGGUGAAGAGGAGAGCUCCUGUAAUGUCAAGCCCCAAAACCACCAAGAGUUUUAUAGAGCAGUGUCCAUCAAAGUGACGACCUGAAAUACAGGAAGCCUUUCCUUCCUAGAAGGGUUGAGAGAGGUAAAAAAGCAACUUUUCUCCACGUGACUGUGUUGGAAAAAAAUAAUAAUAAUAGUAAAGGUUAAGGGAAAUACAGGAAACCAAGUUCUUUUUCUGUAGAGUGCAACACUACCAUAACCCAUGUUCCAUCUAAAAAAAAAUUAUUUUCAGUGUGUUGAAGAUGCAGAGUUAUGGCAGAUGAAGCAUUAUGGAAGAAAAAUUGUAUUUUCUCAAAGAUAUUUACAAAAUUCAAACCCACUGCAUUUUUUAAAUAGGUUUCGGUGUAAUAUUGCUUAUUCAGUAUUUAAACAACUGGCUACAGAGCAGAGAUAAAAGGAACACAAAGUUCUCUUCGAGACAUUAUGUAUCCCAUUAUGUAUCACGUUUCAAAUAUGACUUGAGUCUUUCUAGUGAAUGGUCCCUCUCUGGUAUUGCUUUACUUUUUGGGUUUGCACAGUUCCAAGCUUGUUGGAUCUGUGCAGCAUCAACCCCCUUCUUUUGAGGGAUGCUGCCAGUUCUGGUGUCACUCAUCUGGUCCCUCUCUGUCUACCUAAGUCAGUGCUGUCCAGCUAAAUUAAUACUGGAGGAAGGCUGGAAUAAAAAGUUCAUCGUUGUUUAAGCCCAAUCUAGCUGUCCUCCAAAAGGCAGUGAGUCAGACCUGCUGGUUUGGGAAGGGAAGAGCAUGCUUUUUGCUGCUUGUUUUUGGACGGCUAUCCUGGCUGAACACUCAUCAAGACCCUGCUUUUUGGGAACCAGUACAAGAUCCGUGCACCUUUGUCAUGUCCCAAUUCUGAUCUGAUUCUGAGUGCUGCUCUCUGGUAUUCAACAACAUGUUUGACUGCAGGCCCAGCAGAGAGAGAUGUUGUCCUGGUUUCAGUUAGGACAGAGUUAAUUUUCCUCCUAGUAGCUGGCAGGGUGCUAUGUUUUGGAUUAGAAUGAGAAGAGCGCUGAUAACAUGCUGAUGUUUUAAUUGUUGUAGAGCAGUGCUUACACCAAGCCAAGGACUUUUCAGCCUCUCUCUGUCCUGCUAGCGAGCAGGCUAGGGAUGCAGCAGGAGCUGGGAGGGGACAGACCCAGGACAGCUGACCCAAACUGGCCAAAGGGGUAUUCCAUACCAUCUGACGUCAUGCUGAACAAUAUAUAGGGGUGGCUAGCCGGGGUGGGGGGCCGGCUGCUCGGGGAUAGGCUGGGCAUCGGUCAACGGGUGGUGAGCAAUUGCAUUGUGCAUCACUUUGUACACAUUAUUACUAUUAUUAUUAUUAUUAUUAUUAUUAUUGUUAUUAUUUUCCCUGUCUUAAUAAACUGUCC